UGAUGACCCUCAGUGAUGUGGCUGGGGACUUCAGGGACAAGUGGGUUACCUGGACACUGUUUAGAGAGUCCUCUUCAGGGAUACCGCACAGCACAGAUACAAGAAUGGGCUCUCAAAGGAUGGCUCUCCUGCUGCUGCUGCUAAGUCGCUUCAGUCAUGUCCGACUCUGUGCAACCUCAUAGACGGCAGCCCGCCAGGCUGUGCCGUCCCUGGGAUUCUCCAGGCAAGAACACUGGAGUGGGUUGCCAUUUCCUUCUCCAAUGCAUGAAAGUGAAAAGUGAAAGUGAAGUCGCUCAGUCAUGUCCGACUCUUCGCGACUCCGUCAUGGACUGCAGCCCACCAGGCUCCUCCAUCCAUGGGAUUUUCCAAGCAAAAGAUUUCAAAACCAAGUGUAACCUCCCAGCUGGAGCAGAAAGAAGAGGCAUGGGUCCUACCACUGCAAAAUUUUGAGGCAAGGAAGAUCCUGAGGGAAAGUCACACAGAAUUUAAGCAUCAGGUGGUACAACUCGAUCAGGACGUUUCCGAAACGGCAGAACCAUGUGGAACAUCCUCAGAAGGGGCCAAUAAAGAUAUUUCUCCUCCUCCUAGUUGGGGAGGGAACUGGGAGAGGGGUCUUGAGUUAGCAGGGCAGCGUGGAACCCUCCUGGGAGAGGGCCAGCAGGGGCCCUUUUCACAGGAGAAGGAAUUAAACAAGCUCCUGGAAGGAUAUAUAGGAAAGAAGCUGGUGUGUGCGGAAUGCGGGAAAAGCUUUAACCAGGCCUCCUAUCUCAUAAGGCACCGAAGAACCCAUACUGGCGAGAGGCCCUACAAGUGCAUGGAGUGCGGGAAAGGCUUCAAACAGAGUUCAGACCUCGUCACCCACCGCAGAACACACACAGGAGAGAAACCCUACCAGUGCCACAGGUGUGAGAAGAAAUUCAGCGACAGCUCGACCCUCAUCAAACAUCAGAGAACCCACACGGGCGAGAGACCCCACCAGUGCCCUGAGUGUGGGAAGACUUUUGCACGGAAACCGCACCUCACGGUGCACCAAAGAACCCACACCGGGGAGAGGCCCUACAAGUGCCUCCAGUGUCACAAGAGCUUCAGUCGCAGCUCCAAUCUCAUCACCCACCAGAGGACCCACACGGGAGUGAAGCCCUACGGGUGUCGCGACUGCGGGGAGCGUUUCGGCCAGAGCUCGGAUCUGAUUAAGCACCAGCGCACCCACACGGGAGAGCGGCCCUUCAAGUGCCCCGAGUGCGGGAAGGGCUUCCGAGAUAGCUCUCAUUUUGUGGCCCACAUGAGCACUCACUCGGGAGAAAGGCCCUUCAGCUGUCCUUACUGCCACAAGAGUUUCAGUCAGAGCUCGCACCUGGUCACGCACCAGAGGACACACACGGGCGAGAGGCCUUUUAAGUGUGACGGCUGUGGGAAGGGCUUUGCCGACAGCUCUGCCCUGGUCAAGCACCAGCGGAUCCACACCGGAGAAAGACCCUAUAAAUGUGGCGAGUGCGGCAGGAGCUUCAACCAGAGCUCCCACUUCAUCACCCACCAGCGGAUCCACUUGGGAGAUAGACCCUAUCGCUGCCCCGAGUGUGGCAAAACCUUCAAUCAGCGUUCCCAUUUCCUCACACACCAGAGAACACACACAGGAGAGAAACCCUUUCACUGCAGUGAAUGUGACAAGAGCUUCCGGCAGAAAGCACACCUUUUGUGCCAUCAGAACACUCACCUGAUGUAGGAAAGUCUUUCAUGCUUCUUUUUCUCCCUUCCAAAUUUCCAUCGCUCUUAUCUUUGUUUCUGUUUUGUCUUGGCUGUGCUGCAAGGCAUGUGGAGCCUUAAAUCCCUCUGUGCAUGCUCAGUCGCUCAGUCAUGUCCAGCUCUUUGCAACUCCAUGGACUGUAGCCUGCCAGCUCCUCUGUCCAUGGGAUUUUCCAGGCAAGAAUAUUGGAAUGGACUGCCAUUUCCUUCUCCAGAGGAUCUUCCCGACCCAGGGAUGGAGACCAGGGGUCAAACCUUAUAUUAGAAGUUCGGAGUUUCAACGACUGGACCACCAGGGAAGUCCCACCGCUAUGAUCUCAAAGUGCUCCAAACAGAGAAAAGCUGAGCAUUGGUAGCUCAUGUCAGGCCCUAAUCUGUUCUCUUUUUCUGUUUUUUCAUGGCCAGGUUAAACCUAGAGGGUCCAAACAGUGUUCUAAACACAAAACGCAUUCCUUCAGUGCCGUAGGCCACCAGGCUCCUCUGUCCAUGGGAUUCUCCAGGCAAGAAUACUGGAGUGGGUUGCCACUUCCUCCUCCAGGGGAUCUUUCUGACCCAGGGAUCCAUCGCAGGUUGCUUGCAUUGCCGGCAGAUUCUUUACCGCUGAGCCACCAGGGAAGCCCUAAAUGACUCAUUGUGGGUCAUGUAUUAACUCACAGAAAAGCCAGAAUCUGUCUGCAGGUCUCUUCCACAACAUGGAACAGACCAGCUCUGGGAUUUGUUAGAGCAUCUCCGAGGCACCACAGGACUGAAGGAACCAUAUUAUGUCCAUCAAACCAGUCUGAAAUUGGAGAUGAUUCAGGGAGGUAGGCUAAGUUCCCAACAGCUUUACAGGGUCCCAUGCUGGGCUCCUUGAUCCUCAUGGCAUAUGUAAGUGGGUAAGGAGGGAGUUGGGUGUUGAACACUUUGGAGAGAAAGGUGGGAGACUGAAGGUUUUUCUUCCAAGCUUUCCUAUGUCAAUACAGACUAAUACAUCAGCCUUGGAACACUAGUCCUCUUCCAUUAUAUGGAGUGCCAUCUGAGUGCUGUAACAGGGGAUAGAACUCAGCUGACAACGUAUAUGCUUUCUUUAAUAGAUAAUUGAUCAGAGGGACUUCCCUGGUGGUGCAGUGGCUGAGACUCUGUGCUUCCAGUGCAGGGGGCCCAGGUUUUGUCCUUGGUCAGGGAACUAGAUCCCACCUGCAGAAACUAAGCAUUCAAAUGCCACAACUAAAGAUUCUGCAUGUCUCAAUGAAGAGCUGGUGCAGCCAAAUAAAUAAAAAGUAUUUAAAAAUUUCUGUCCUUUAUUGUGCCCAUCUUGCAUGAAAUGUUCCCUUGGUAUCUCCAAUUUUCUUGAAGAGAUCUCUAGUCUUUCCCAUUCUUUUGUUUUCCUCUAUUUCUUUGUAUUGAUCACGGAGGAAGGCUUUCUUAUCUCUCCAUGCUAUUCUUUGGAACUCUGCAGAAAACCAGUCAAUCCUCAGGGAAAUCAGUCUUGAAUAUUCUUUGGAAGGACUGAUGCUGAAGCUAAAACUCCAAUCUGGCCACCUGAUGCGAAGAACUGACUCAUUGGAAAAGACCCCGAUGCUGGGAAAGAUUGAAGACAGGAGGAGAAGUGGACAACAGAGGAUAAGACAGUUGGAUGGCAUCACCGACUCAAUGGACAUGAGUUUGAGCAAACUCUGGGAGUUGGUGGUGGAUGGGGAAGCCUGGUGUGCUGCAGUUCAUGGCGUUGCAAAGAAUCAGACACGACUGAGUGACUAAACUGAAAUGGAAGUAUUAAAAAAUAGAUAAUUGAAUGGGAAAAAAAAUCUGGUUAAUUCAGUGCUGUAAGUUCCUAAAAUGUGAUCCUUGACCAGCAGCAUUAUCAUCAUCUGGGAACUUGUCAGAAAUGCAAGUCCCCAUCCCAGACUUACUGAACUGGAAGCUAGUGA